ACAUGUUACACAUAUACACAAAUGCAUAAAUCUCAUUCUAAGUAGUAUAAAGUUCACAACCAAUAAACUGGUCAUUCAUUAUUGUCUUACUACACUAGUUGUGUAUUCUGUUUCCCAAAUCAUCUUUCAACAACACUUUCUAUCAUACAUAUGUGUAUAAUUCUGUAUUGCUACUGCUACUAUUAUUAUCAUUAUUAUUAUUAGUAGUAGUGGUAUUAUGAUUAAUAUUGUUAUUCUUAGGUAUUAUAUCAACUACAUACAGUGAAGGGAACAUAAGGAUUGAAAUAUUGAAUUUUUCAGACUGAACAUUGAAUUUUCCUUUGCAUUGUUCAUUGUUAUCCAUUUUCUUUUUUUCUUCAUUCUUUUUAUAACUUCACAAAUUUCUACAUUUAUUUGAGACAAUAUAAAUGCUGUAUGUGUAUUAUGUCUACAUUUGUUUAAAAUGAUGUCUCAUAAUUGUAGAAAGAAGAAAACCAUUUUCAAUAAUAACGAUAAUAAUAAUAAUAACAAACUUCAAUAUCGAAUGCUUUAGAAAUCACCAGUGAUAUUAUACUGUUGAUACAUAUAAUUUAAAUAAUAUCUUAAUUAUUAAUAUACGAACGAUUCUGAUGGAUAUAUUUAUGAGAAGUAAUAACCUAAAGCGAUAGUGGAUGUAUUAAUGAACAAUAACAAUAAUGUUUAAUUGACUAGAAUGGCCUUGGAAUAUGACUGCUGGAUCUGCCGAAAAUACAAUCCAUUUGUUGUUAUAAUUUUAUUGACAGAAAUCUACAUACAUUUUUGCAAAUAUUACUGUAAUUAUCCAAAUUUACAUAUCACCUUUUUAACUGGUGUCAAUGGACAAUUAAAUCUUUGGGUAGAUCGUCAGCUAGUAAUACAAAUUAUUGAAUCAAUGCCACAUAAUCAAAAUAUUCCGGGUAGACUACGUUGUCCAAGAAGAUUACCAGAAAUUCACAGACAUAUUCCAGAACAUUUGUUUCUCGUUUUCAAUGGAUUACUUUUACACGAAGCAUUGGAUCGUAUUUCAUUAUCUGCUCAUAGACCUAUCCCUCCUCGUAUUGAUAUGUUACGUGUCAAAUGGAGAGCAGGCUUUGAACGUUUAACCUACAAUAUCGAUUUGAAGUCAAUGAAUCAAACACUUCUGCAUACACCACUCUUAAAUAUUGCGAAAUCUGGUUAUAUUCCAGCUACACAAUCUGACGUUCAGAUAUCUUUACCAUGCACUGGAAGAUUUACUGGCAUAGCUCCCUUCCAAGUAAGACUUGAUGUUCAAAGAGAAUUUGAAGGUUUACGAAAGAUUCCGCCGAUUUCUUUCAUUGUCUAUAAAUAUUGUCUGAGUGCAAGUCAACAUGCACGAUUUAUUAUCAAAUGUGAAUGCCGUAUUCAGUGUUUACAAUCGAAUAUUAACAAUCGUCAAUCACUACGAAAACGUUGUAUUCGACGCUGUCGGAGACGUUAUGGUCUAAAUAACAUACAGGAUAAACAGAGAAAAUGAAUAAAUUAUUUUCUGUUCAAAAAGAUGAAACCAUUUAAACUCUACUUUUUGUGAAGAAAUAGCAAUAAAACUAUCAGUAACCACGAUAAGAACAAAUUCUUUAACAUUAUACCUCUAUUCUGUAUACUGUUAGUUCAGAACCUUAUAAUUAUUAAUAAACCUGAGUUUUAUUGACUAUUCUACAUUUUAAUUCAUCCAGACAUCAGUGAAAAGAAGAAAAAUCAAGUAGUUCAGAGAAGAGGCUCUUUUCUUAGAA